CGCUUUAAAUAUUUUUUUAUAUCCGAGGCUUGGUCUGAUAGGGACUAAGCCAUCAUCUGAGUUAUGGAAUAUUUCAAGCAAGCUCUAAAAUAAUGUAUAAGUAAACGAAUCUAAUCGAAUCCAUCUCUGCCCCCUUCAAAACUUUCCGCUUUUUUCGUUAUUUUAUUUUCUCUCAAGCCUAUCUUCUUUUUCUUCUUCUUCUUCAAAUAAGGAGAGAUCUGUUUGUCACCCAUCAGGCAACUGAUGCUCAAGCUCCUUGUGGCUGCUUCUUAAUAUAAAUCAUUUUUUUUCUUUGAUUAUCUUUGCAUGAAAUAUGGAUUUUGAAUAUCAAGAGGAGUAUAUAAAGAAUUCAAGAGGAGUGCAUCUUUUCACUUGUAGAUGGUUGCCUGUUUCAUCUUCUCCAAAAGCUCUUGUUUUCCUCUGCCAUGGAUAUGGCAUGGAGUGCAGCAAUUACAUGAAAGAAUGUGGAAUCAGGCUAGCACGUGCACAAUAUGCUGUUUUUGGAAUUGACUAUGAAGGCCAUGGACGAUCCUCUGGUUCUCGAUGUUACAUCAAGAAGUUUGAAAAUAUUGUCAAUGACUGCAAUGAAUUUUUCAAAUCCAUUUGUGUGGAGAAAGAUUACAGGGACAAGGGCAGGUUCCUGUAUGGAGAAUCCAUGGGAGGGGCAGUGAGUUUGUUAUUGCACAAGAAGGAACCUUCUUUUUAUCAUGGUGCUGUUCUUGUUGCUCCCAUGUGUAAGAUAUCAGAGAAGUUGAAACCACAUCCAGUGGUUGUUAAUAUAUUGACAAGCUUUGAAGAGAUUAUACCAAAAUGGAAGAUUGUCCCAACUAAAGAUGUCAUUGACUCGGCAUUCAAAGAUCCUAUUAAACGAGAAGAGAUAAGAAACAAUAAGUUGAUUUACCAGGACAAGCCUAGGCUGAAAACUGCACUAGAGAUGCUCAGAACUAGCAUGAACCUUGAAAAGACUUUAAACCAGGUAACACUACCGUUCUUAGUUCUACAUGGUGAUGCAGAUAUAGUUACAGACCCAGAAAUAAGCAAGGCCUUGUAUGAGCAAGCUAGCAGUAAAGACAAAACCAUGAAAUUAUACCCUCGAAUGUGGCACGGAUUGACUGCAGGAGAAACCCAUGAGAAUGUCAGUAUCGUUUUCGCAGAUAUAAUAGGUUGGCUUGAUAAGCACACCAAUGAGCUUGUUGUUGAACCCCUUACUGAACCCUUCAGUAAUGGCAUAGAAAGAGUUGAAUUGGCUACACCAGUCACUGCAAAUAAUCAGCAGUUCCGGCGAAAAAAAUCGCGUGGCAGUUAUCUCUGCGGAUUAAAGGAGCCUCCCACGUUUCACUCGGCUAUGUAGGCUCUCGCUUUGUAGCUGUUAGUCAGGGUUGUUCCUCGUUAAUUUAUGUCUCUUCAUAGCAGUUUUCUCCUUGAAAAUGUGAAAAAUUGUUGUGUUUAUAAAGGAAAUGAAAUGAAGUAGCAAUGGAAUGAAAUUGAGGUGCAUAUUGUGUACUAA